GGAAAUAUUUAUGUUCAAAGAUGGAAAGAAAUAUUUAUUAGUAUUUAAUUUCUCUUUUGUUUCUUCGAACUUUUUCUCUUGCAUUUAUAUCAUUAAACAAUAUUUAUUGAGUUCAUCGAGGAGGCAGAUAUGAUGGAGCCGAUUGCAGAAGUGGUUUGCCUUUUAAAAGUGGACGUGCAUUGUGAUGAAUGUAAAUUGAGUUUGAUGAGAGUGCUCUCUUCAAUUUCGGAAUACUAUGGGUACCAAACAUGCCCUAGGGCACUCUCGGGAUAUGGCUAUAAUCAAGAAGUGAACAGUUACGGGGGAUAUCGGCCACCGCCAGCUCAAUAUGCGUCGUCCUCAUAUCCGCUGCGAAGGGCUGAUGAGUAUAUAGCAGUAGCAGAUCCUUCAGUACCUCUCUGCACUAUCAUGUGAUCUGCUGCUUAAUCUGCAGUUAUAUGUAUGUUGUAAGAUUCUUAAAGAAAUACUACUAUGGUUU